GUAUACUGUUAAAUGGCAGGGUAUCAUUAAGGUAUUAUAUGUAAAUAAAGGUGAAGAUGAGCCUUUAGAAUUAUUAUGUAUGAAUCCAGAAUGCAUUUCUAUGAACAAAGUUUUGAAUUGUGUUUCAUGUAUUGAAGAAAAUCAUAUCGGUCAUCAAGUGAUUCAUUAUAAAAAGUUCAUUAAUUUACUGCAGAAAUAAGGGAAUAGUUUAUUAAAUGAGAUUGUAAUAAGUAUUAUAUAUUUGUAUAGGAUUUAAGAUUCUAGGAAUCUACAGUGUAAAAUGAUUUAGUGUGUAAAUUGAAAAACUUAAUCAAACAAUUAACAGAAUUAUCAGAUAUUGUAAAUGAUGCCAUUUUGAAAUAGAAGGAUAUGUUAGAAAGGAAAUUAUAAUAUUAUGAAUGUAUGUAUGUGAGUUGAGUUUGUAUUAGAGUUUUCUUGUGUAUUACCUACUUAAGAUAUUUUUAAUAGAGCUAUCAAAUAACAUGAUUAAAAUUUGAUAUAAAAACUAAUGAGUUAAUUUUUUUAGAAGAUUGAAUACAAUACAAAAAGACAAGAGUUUUUAGUAAGAAAUAAUUAUCUAAUGGAUGCUGCAGAAGAAACUGAAGGAGAAAAUCUCUUAUUUAGAAAACUAAAAGAUUUAAUAAAUGUAUUUAAGAGUGAUGUAGAAAUGAAUUAUUAAACACAAGUUUCAUAAUAAAGUAAUAGUCACUUAUAAAAAAAACUAUCUUAAACUAAUAAUGAUUUUAAGCGAUCUCAUCAACAAUUACCAAGCUAUAAAAAGAUCGCUAAUAUAGAAAAAUCUCCAGGAUCUCCAGAUGAUAGAAUUUCAGUUAGUCAAUCUUUAAGUCAAUUUUAUUAUAAACCUAGUACAUUGAAAAAAAGAAUAGGAUAAUAAAUGUCUUUGGUAGAGGUUUCAAAUACUUUUAGCACAACAUAUUCAUUUCAUUCAGAAUGUUUUGGAUAGGGUUUGUAAAUAACAUCUAAAUAAGUGAAAUUGAUUUUAGAUAGCGAUAAAAAUAUUGCAUUAAUUAAACCAUCAAUAUAUGGAAGUGGAUUAGCAAGAGAAUAAAGAGUUACAUUAAUAAUAAAAGUUUGCAGAAAUUCAAAUUAAAGAUAUCCUAUGGCAGUAGGAAUUUGUGAUCAAUAAAAAUUAUAGGAAAGUAAUUUCAUUUUCUAAGGGUCUGCUGAGCAUAUGCCAGGAUCAAAUAAUAAGGAUCAUGGUUGUUAUCUACUUAAUUCAAAUGGAUAUAUUAGAUCAAUGACAGGAUCAGAUAUGAUCAGAAGUUCACCUAAUUUAAGAUUUUAUAGUAACUCUACUUUAGAAUUAACAUUUAAACCAUUUCAUAAAUAAUUAAUAAUUAACAGAGAUUAAUAAGUUUAGACUACUAUUCCUUUAGAAUUUUAUAAAGAUUAGAAACUAUUCUUUUGUGUUAGAUUAGCAGAUUUACAUGAUUGUAUUGAAAUAUAAUGA